UUCCCCUCCCAGUUUCCCAUCAGGCUUACAAAUCGAUACCUUCCUCUUCCCGGCUGUGUAUCGUUUUAGUUCCACUUCCUGAACUGCUUUUAUUUAUUUUUUUAUUUUAUUUUGAUAUUAGGGGCUUGCAGUUUUGAGACAGAAAAAUCAAAUUGGAAUAUUUAGUACCGGUUGUCUGGAAUAUAUGAAAUUUUUGGUGUACAGACAUAGUAUUUAGCAGCGGGGCUCUUUGAAUAUCUAACAGUGUUUUUACUGUAGCAACUUGUUUGGCUGUGCUCCUACUUUUGUGUUUCCUACCUAAUCAUGAAUAUCUUCAGGUUUCUUGGUGACCUUUCUCACCUUUUGGCUAUUAUCCUCCUUCUGGUCAAAAUGUGGAAAUCAAGAUCAUGUGCAGGUAUCUCUGGGAAGAGUCAGAUUCUAUUUGCAAUUGUCUUUACUACCCGUUAUCUGGACCUGUUUACACACUUCAUUUCCGUGUACAAUACUGUUAUGAAGGUAGUUUAUAUUGUCUGUUCUUAUGCUACAGUGUGGAUGAUCUACAGCAAAUUCAAGGCCACCUAUGAUGGAAACCAUGACACCUUUAGGGUGGAGUUCCUGAUUAUCCCAACAGCGUUAUUGGCUUUUCUCGUCAACCAUGUCUUUGCUCCACUUGAGAUAUUGUGGACUUUUUCCAUCUACUUGGAGUCUGUGGCUAUUCUUCCACAGUUGUUUAUGGUGAGCAAGACGGGGGAAGCAGAAUCCAUCACCAGUCACUAUCUAUUUGCUUUGGGUCUCUACCGUGCACUCUACAUCUUUAACUGGAUCUGGCGAUACUACUAUGAUUCCUUCUUUGACUUGAUUGUCAUUGGGGCUGGUAUUGUCCAGACUAUAUUGUACUGUGACUUUUUCUACCUCUAUAUCACAAAAGGUAAGACUAAAACGUUUUCAGUGAUGAGGCAGUUUACGAGAGACCAGCACUUGGUGAAGCACCUCUGCCAUUAUCACGUAUACAGAUGCCAUAUUUGCCUAAGGAGAUUGCAGAAAAUAAAAGGGUUGACUUUGUUUUACAACAGCUUGUUGGAAUAG